AUGAGUCUCGGCACAAAGUUAUCAUUAUCAGCCAUAGUCCCGCGUAUACCCAUUAUGCCUAUAAUCGCGGGAUCACCAACCUAUUACCCGGCGAUAUUCCUGAUCAAGCAAACGAUCACAUCAUCAUUGGAUUAUCAGAAAAUGCUAUAUUUAUCUCUGUUUUCUUACAGUAUUAAAGGAGAACAGCCAGAGAGGCAAAGAGUUCAAUUUGCCGCAUUUGAUGUGAAAAAUUACGGUGGUAAAACUGAUGGCAAGUCAAAUAUUAGCAAGGCAUUAUUGGGCGCGUGGAAAGAGGCUUGUUUAGCAAAGGGUUCCAACAGAGUUGUAGUACCCAAAGGAACAUAUUCCAUAGGUUUAACUGACUUAAAUGGUCCAUGCAAGGGAUCCAUGGAGCUUCAAGGCCAAGGAACCUUGUUAGCACCAAUAAACCCUAGCAAGUAUGCCAAAGACAGCUGGAUUACUUUUGCAUACAUUGAUCGAUUCAAAUUAUCUGGUGGUGGAACCUUCGACGGACAAGGGCAAGUUGCUUGGAAGCAAAAUAACUGCGGUCGAAAUCCAAAAUACAAGAGACUUCCAGUUAGCUUACGGUUUGACUUCAUCACCAACAGCGUAGUUCAGGACGUAACAUCGCUCGAUAGUAAGAAUUUCCAUGUCAAUGUUCUAGAUGGCAAAAACCUUACUUUCGAUCACUUCACGAUCACUGCACCAGGAGAUAGCGUCAAUACAGAUGGAAUUCACAUUGGGCAUUCAAAUAGGAUCAACAUUAUUAAUUCAAAUAUUGCCACCGGCAAUGACUGCAUCUCCAUUGGUGGUGCCAGCGAACAAAUAAGGAUAAAAAACGUACGAUGUGGACAUGGACAUGGCAUUAGCAUGGGAAGUUUAGGGAAGACCACUGAUGAAUUUGUCUCUGGAAUUUUUGUAAGGAACUGCACCUUCUAUGACACCGACAAUGGAGUGAGAAUUAAGACAUGGCCGCUUGCAAAGCUUGGUGCUCCACGUUUUGAAGUUGAGGUCACACCAACUCAAGAGUAUGAAAGGCUUAGACGUAAAGAUAAGUUUUGCUGCAAACAAAUGAAAAACAAGACAAUAUCUACUUAUAGAGUUCAAUCUGCCAUAUUUGAUGAGAAAAAUUACGGUGGUAAAGCCGAUGGCAAGCCAGAUAUUAGAAAGGCAUUAUUGGGCGGGUGGAAAGAGGCUUGUUCAGCAAAGGGUUCCAACAGAGUUGUAGUACCCAAAGGAACAUAUUCCAUAAGUUUAACUGAAUGGUCCAUGCAAGGGAGCCAUGGAGCUUUAAGUCCAAAGAACCUUGUUGGCAUCGAUAAACCCUAG